CCGUAUCACCAUGGCGACCAAGCGGAUGCAGCUGCUUCGAUUACUACUCACAGCGCUACUGAGCCUGUCAUUUUGGACCGGCGUCGAAGCGCUUCAGUGCUACAGUUGCAGUGCCGAGAGUUGUUCGAAACUGGCCACCGCUGGUGCCACCACGACGUGUGCCAAUGCGGACGAUGUGUGUUUCUCCCGUUUUGACGCCACGAACCUUUUAGCAACGGAGCGUGGCUGUCUAACGGCCGCUGCGGCCCCGACGGCCUGUACGGGGCCCGACUGUGUGACGUGUGUGUCUCCGGAUCUUUGCAACGACGCCGGAAGCCCACAGCAUCGCUGUUUGGUGUGCUCCUCGCUGACCAGCGCCGAGUGUGUGACGGAUCCAAGUAGCCUGGUGGCAGCGCAAUGUCCGAUGGCCACCGGGGUCGAUCUAACGGCAGCGCAGUGCUACAAUCGUGUGAUCGGAACCGUUACCGAGCGAGGCUGUAUUACCUCGCAACGGACCGUGGACGAGUGCGGUGGCAUCGGGUGUGCAACGUGCACCGGGCCCGGCUGCAAUGCGGCAGAGUUCCCGGCCGGCCGGCAGCAGUGCGUGGCGUGCGAUGGGGCCACCUGCAACAGUGAAGCGUCCACAACAGUGACCUGCGACGACCCGUACGAUACGUGCGCCACCGUGCAGCGGAGCAACGGGAAUGUGAUGAAAUCGUGCGAAAAGGCCAUGACCUCGGCCGAUGUCGCCUACUGUCUCGCCAACCCGGCCCAGUGCGCCUUCUGUGGGAACCGGCUGUGCAAUGGGGUUCCGUUCGAUGCCACCACCCAGCGGCGCUGCUACCGAUGCGACGGAACCGGCUGCCUCAAGUCGGCCGCUCAGCUCACCCUCUGCCGGCUGUUCGACGACGAUUGCUACAGUUCCUUCACCGGGUUUAAUCCCUCCCGGCGUGGUUGCGUCUCGGAGCUGACCGCGGAAGAAGCGGUCCAGUGUAGGGCGGGUGGAGUGCCCGACAGCCCGUGUGAGGUUUGCAGUGGUUCCGAGUGCAACCUACAGGCCCGGUCCGAUCAUCGUUGCCUGUCCUGUUCGUCGGUCAAGGACGCAGCGUGCGUGAAUCCCACCGCGGGAGCGUUACAGCCGGUGCAGUGUCCUGCGCCCAGCACGGAACUUCUCGCCGAUGGGCAGUGUCUGACUAGAAUUGUUGGCACGGUCACAGAGCGGGGCUGCAUUAGCGGGGAAGCCGAUCUGGUGGCGUGCGGAGAAGACGGACGGUACUGCGCCACGUGCGGCAUAGAGAACGAUGGUGCCGGUUGCAAUUCGAAGCUCUUCCCGAGCGAUCGCCGCCGGUGUACCGUGGGCACCGAGGCCAACGCGUACUGUCCCGAUCCGUGGGACGAUUGUGUCCAGCUGCUACAGAGUGGCACCCGCAAGCGCACCUGCCGAUCGCUGCUGACCGAGACGGAACGCAGCUUUUGCGCCGCCAACAGCAAUCGGUGUCGGUUCUGCGGCACCGACGGUUGCAACGCGGCCGAGAUCACUUUCGACUACGUCGAAUGCCUGUCGUGUGACUCCGGCACCGAUGUCCGGUGUGCCACAAACCCGGCCGCCCUCGGGACAUUCGAGCGUUGCGCGACGUGUGCCUCGGCGAUCGUGACGGUGGACGGAAAGCCGAUCACCCGGCGGGGCUGCCUGGCCAGUAUGCCGCCGGAGGUGUCCCAGGUGUGUCCGACAACCGGUAGCACUGCCUGUCAGCGGUGCUCCACCAACCGGUGCAACACCGGGAACUUUCCUUCGGCCCGCCUCCAGUGCUACCGUUGCACGAGUCCUCCCUGUGUGUCGCACCAGGACAUCCGGCUCGAGUAUUGUCCACAGUACACAGCCAACGAUGCGUGCAUCGUGCAGACGUCCACCGAUGGUCAACUGUUGCGCCUCGAUUGUCGCAGUGCCCUGUCGGAGUCGGAACAGGCGACGUGCCUCAGCCCGAAUCCUGCCGGUCUCUGCCAGAUGUGUGGCACGGCGGGCUGUAAUGACCCCGCGACUUUUGGCACGUCCAGUAGCUGCGUCCAGUGCCGUAGCUCACUGAACCCUCUGUGCCAGGAGCAGGCACUUCAAAUAGCGGCAGAACCUUGUGCCGAUCCGGCCAACGCUGCCUGCUACACGAGGCUCACGGCCGUCGGCACCCUGACCAGCCUCACGGAGCGUGGUUGUCUGUCGGAUCUGGCGGGGACCGAACGGGACAAGUGUGCCCGCGGGGAGGACUGCAUCGUGUGUCGGUCCGGAAGGAGCGGCAACUGCAACACGGUCCAGUACCCGGUCGCCCCAAUCACCUGCUUCCAGUGUGACUCGCGGACCGACGGGGCGUCGUGUCAGGCGGCCCAAACGGCGCAGCAGGCACCGACCUGUCCGCAGUACGACGUGGCCAACAAGUGCUACACGAUCGUCCACUCGGACGGUGAUACCGUGCGCAAGUGUUCGACGGCCGCCAAGGAGGUGGAGUGUGCCGGUAUCGGCACCUGCGAGGUGUGCCUGUUCCGGGGCUGCAACAGCAAACCCUUCUCGGCCAUCGUGGUAACGCCACCACCCGAUCCUACGACUACACCUCCGCCCAAUGGUGGUGCCGUGACCGGUGGCCUGACGAUUCCGUGGCUGACGUGGCUACUCGGUGCACUACUGUGCGGAGCCAGCACAGGGGCUGGGCUCCUGGGCCACAGUGGACUCCACUUUCUUUAGAAACUUCCAAUGGGUCCUUCCAGUUAGGUAAUCAACGCAUUCGAAACGCACUCCAUCAUAGAUCGUCCAAAUAAAUUCGACCAACAGAGGGAGCCACCACUCGCUGUGGCACGCUCCGUUACGCAAUUUUCAAUUACCUGCCGGCCGAUAAGUGGCCAACCGAACGAACGAACGAACGAAGGAAAACAUUGAUUGCCAAUCGAACCGAUCGAUCGAUAAUUGGAAGAGGCAUCAUCAGAAGCGGCGGCAGCAUAACAACUCGAUCGGACACUUCGGUUUCGGUCACGCGCGCCCGAUGGUGUAAACUAUUUUUAACCCAUUUUCACACCCCACCCGGGGCCCGAGGGACACUGGCCGUUCGAUGGAAAGCU